AUGUUGACCAACGCUGCUAACCGACUAGUCAUCCUUCAACGGGCUGUCCAGACCCCAAACCUAUUACCGGCCUCUCAAAAACUGGCGGUGCUCAGAUUGAGAUGGAGCUUCAAGGCGGAGAACCGAAGCCUAGCCACCGUCGCUGUAUCAGCCGAUCAAUCAGCAGCCACCUCCAGAACUUCGUCCUUACCGUCGAUCAGUAAUAUCGAAGCAGCAUGGAAAGAGAUGUCCCCGCAAGAACAAGAAGCCAUCUUUCAUCAUCUCGAAGGUUUACAAAAGAAAGACUGGACUCAACUCAGCCUUGACGAGAAGAAAGCAUCUUACUGGGUUUCGUUCGGUCCACACGGUCCCCGUGAGCCCCUCCACGCCCCUGGCUCAGGGAUCAAACUCCUUCUCGGGAUCACCGGAUGCGUCUCGGCUGCGAUCGCGUUAUUCGUCCUGAUCAGAUCAGCAUCCCCUGACCUCCCGAGGACUAUGACCAAGGAAUGGCAGGAAGCUGCCACUGAGCGCGCUAUUGAACAGAAGAUGGACCCGUUCACUGGUGCAAGCGCCCAAGGUGAAAAGGCCAAGACUUUUGUCCAAUCUAAAUAG